GAGUGUAAACAUUGGCUUUUCGGAACUUUGGAUUUAGUUUGUUUUAAAUUUUGUUUUAAAUUAGCUAAAGUAAAUAAAAACUAAAUCAAGUGCAACAUGGAUAAGGUGGCGACUGAUCUAGAUAAUGAAGAGAACCCUGAAGGGGCAGAAACUCCAUUCAAGAAAAGGAAACUGGAAGAGGCACUCGUGGAAGAUGAAGAAAAGCCGGCUGUGGUGGCCUAUCUCCCCGAGGGGCAAGAAGAAGAAUCCUGCAGGCCAGAGGAGCACCAGGAGUGCCGUGACGCUAGCACCUGUGGAUGCCCCCAACUGGAAGCGGAGCCCAUCAAGGACAACCAUCACUUGUGGGAGUUUCAGGUGCGGAGUCGGGACAUUGACUGGCGGCGCUUCGUCCAGCCCCUGGACGAGUCGAUACGGUCCGAGGCGGUCUACCUUGAUCGCCAGGUGGACUUUGUGGGCAGCCAUCGCAGGAGGGUCACCGAGGAGAACCACAGGGAGCUGCUCGUCUGCCACGACAUGAUGGGGAACUAUCUGGAGGAUCGACACUUCCACAGCUCCAAGAAGUACGAUGACUAUCGGUUCCUGCACUGGGCGGCCGUGGACUACUUCUGCUACUUCAGCCACGAGUACGUGACCAUUCCGCCCUGCGGUUGGAUAAACGCCGCCCACCGCCAUGGAGUUCCGGUUGUGGGCACGUUCAUUGUGGAGGCCGCCGGCCGGCUGGACGAGGUCCUGGCCACCCGGACGAGUACGGACCGUACCGUGGAGGCUCUGACGCGUUUGUGCCAGCACUUUGGCUUCGAGGGGUGGCUGGUUAACGUGGAGGUGGAUGUGCCGGCGUCUAACAUGGAGAAUCUGUUCUACUUUCUGCGGCAACUGACCGACGCAACGGAGUCCCGAGUGCCGCACGGACGGGUCUUCUGGUACGACAGUGUCUUGGAGGAUGGGAAGUUGCGGUGGCAGAACGAACUGAAUCCCCGGAACGUGGAGUUCUUCCGGCGCAGCCAUGGCACGCUGAUCAACUACGCCUGGGACGAGGGCCACCUGCGGCGGAGUGCCCAGCAAGCGGAGCGGGAGAAGGCGUCACUGAAGCGCAUCUUCAUGGGACUGGACGUGUUUGGGAGGAGUCGCAAGGGCGGAUUCCAGAGCCCGGAGAGCAUGAAGCUCAUCGCCGAGAGCGGCUUCUCGGCGGGUAUCUUUGCGCCGGCCUGGUCCUUCGAGACUCUCAACCGUUUUGGGUACAACAUCAGGAACGCCCUGGGCGACGACCAGGUGAACGACGCCUUCCUGGCGAGGAACGAGGCCUGGUGGGCGAGGAUCUGGCCCACUCUAGCCACUCACUCCUACAAGUCGCUGCCCUUCUACACGGACUUUUGCGUGGGCUCCGGCAAGGCCACCUUCGAGCGCGGCGUCCAGGCGACCCGGAGCAGCGCCUUCUUCAACCUGAACCGCCAGUCGCUGCAGCCGUCGGUGCCGCUGGACAGGAACGCGGUGCACAACUUUGAUAUGGCCUACUCCGGCGGAAACUGCCUAACCGUGAUCAACUACGAGAGGGCCUUCCGGCUCUUCGUCACGGACUUUCAGCUCGUCCGGGGCGUCCUGCUCCUGGCCUACGCCUUCAAGAACCAGGGCGGAGAAUCUGACGUAGAUGUGGUGGCGCGGGUGACUCCGCUGCACGGGAACAGCCAGGACGAUCAGUUCCUGGACAUAUUCUGCGGCGACUAUCCCGCCGGACCGGUGGUGACUUCGCGACGCUGCCACCUCUGUCCCCUGGAGGAUCAACUGCCUCUAAAGCGGCACCUGCAACUGCCCCAGAAUCCCAGGGCCGUGGGCGGUGGCUGGCAGGUGCGGUACUACCUGGUAAAGUUCGACGGGCCCGUGAGGGUCCAGGACAUCGGGCUAAAGAGCCAGAGGCAACAGGCGGACUCGAAUGCGGACACCCACCUGGGAGCCAUUUAUGUGAAUGAGUUCACCAUCGAAGAUUACGCCGCCUUGCAGUCCUCCACGAAGCUGGAUGUGCCGGUGUACACUAAGAACUACUGGAAGGAACCCUCGGCGUAA